AUGGCUGCCACCGCUGUGCGAAGCCUGUCGGUUCCUGCAGCCGUCUCUGCCAGCGAUGCCGCAUCCAGGAAGGCGUUUUCCGGCGAGAAAGUCGCGGGAUUUGCGCAGUCGGGGCUGAAAGGCAAAGCUUUGAGAUGCGAGUCUAAGAAGGUUGCGGUGCGCGCAGCCAAGAAAGCUGCCGUUUCCGCCGUUCUCGCUGAAGCCACACCACAGCAGUCUGUGGCAAGGACAAAGCGCGCCGAUCCCAAGUCAGUCGUCUCGGUGAUUCUCGGUGGAGGUGCGGGCACGCGUCUCUUCCCUCUCACCAAGACCCGCGCCAAGCCCGCGGUGCCUAUCGGCGGCGCGUACCGUCUGAUCGACGUGCCGAUGAGCAACUGCAUCAACAGCGGCAUCAACAAGGUGUACAUCCUCACGCAGUUCAACUCCGCGUCGCUCAAUCGCCACUUGGCGCGCACCUACAACUUCGGCAACGGCGUCAACUUCGGCGACGGAUUCGUCGAGGCUCUUGCGGCCACUCAGACUCCUGCGACGGGCUCCAACUGGUUCCAAGGAACCGCCGAUGCCGUUCGACAGUUCUCCUGGCUCUUCGAGGAUGUGAAGAACAAGCACGUGGAGGAUGUGGUCAUUCUGUCCGGCGACCAUCUCUAUCGCAUGGACUACAUGGACUUCGUGCAGAAGCACAAGGACACCAACGCCGACAUCACGAUCUCCGUUCUGCCCAUGGACGACAGCCGCGCGUCCGACUUCGGGCUGAUGAAGAUCGACGAGUCCGGCCGCGUCGUCAGCUUCGCCGAGAAGCCCAAGGGUGCCGACCUCAAGGCCAUGGAGGUGGACACGUCGAUCCUCGGCAUUUCCAAGGACGAGGCGGCCAAGUUCCCCUACAUUGCGUCGAUGGGCAUCUACGUCUUCAAGAAGGACAUCCUGCUCAAGCUCCUCAGGUGGCGCUUCCCCACGUCGAACGACUUCGGCGGAGAGAUCAUCCCCGCGUCUGCCGCCGAGUACAACGUGCAGGCGUACCUGUUCGGCGGGUACUGGGAGGACAUCGGAACCAUCAAGUCCUUCUUUGACGCCAACCUCAACCUCACCGACACCGACGCCAAGUUCAGGUUCUACGACGCGGCCAACCCCAUCUACACGUCGCCGCGCUACCUGCCGCCCACGCAGAUUGAGCGCUGCCAGGUGAAGCGGUCGAUCAUCUCGCACGGGUGCUUCCUGCGCGACUGCACCGUGGACCACUGCAUUGUCGGCAUCCGUUCCAGACUCGAGAACGGCGUCAUUCUCAAGGAUACGAUGGUGGUGGGCGCGGAUUUCUAUGAGACGGACGCUGAGAGGGCCGCUCUGCUGGCGGCGGGCAAGGUGCCGGUGGGCAUUGGCGCCAACACCAUCAUCAGCAACGCCAUUGUGGACAAGAACGCACGUAUCGGACAAAAUGUCAUCCUCGAGAACAAGGAUCAUGUGGAGGAGGCGGAUCGGUCAACGGAUGGGUUCUACAUUCGCUCGGGCAUCACAGUUGUGCUCAAGAACGCCACCAUUGCUGAUGGCACCGUUAUCUAA